AGAGUUAGCAAAGGAAAACCCCGUCUGGAAAUUUUGCCUUCCUGUGGCCCUCAGGCAAAGGAAAGGUUUAGAAAGUCGCCAGAAGGUAUUUUUUUGCAGGAGCGGUCACUCCCCAAAUCCCGGCAAGGAAGGGGAGGAGUCUGGGCCGUGUCCCGCCCUUCUCCAGUAAACUUCUCCGGCUCCAGGUUUGGAGGCAGAGUCGGAAGGGCUGGGAGUAGCUGCACGCCCCCACGCUUUCCCCAUGGUUUCGGUGACUAGAACCGUGUUCGGAGACCUGCCCUCAGGGGCAGGGACAGUGGAGAAGUUCCAGCUGCAGUCAGACCUGCUGAAAGUGGACAUCAUCUCCUGGGGCUGCACCAUUACGGCCCUGGAGGUCAAAGACAGGCAGGGCAGGGCGUCAGAUGUGGUGCUCGGCUUUGCAGAGUUGGAAGGGUACCUCCAAAAGCAGCCCUACUUUGGAGCAGUGGUUGGCAGGGUGGCCAACCGAAUUGCCAAAGGAACAUUCACAGUGGACGGGAAGGAGUAUAAGCUGGCCGUUAACAAUGGGCCCAACAGUCUGCAUGGAGGAGUCAGGGGCUUUGAUAAGGUCGUCUGGACCCCUCAGGUGCUGUCAAAUGGUGUCCAGUUCUCGAGGAUCAGUCCAGAUGGUGAGGAAGGUUACCCUGGAGAGUUGAAAGUCUGGGUGACAUACACACUGGAUGGUGGGGAGCUUAUGGUCAACUACCGAGCUCAGGCCAGUCAGACCACACCGGUCAAUCUGACCAACCAUUCUUAUUUCAACCUGGCAGGCCAGGGUUCCCCAAACAUCUAUGACCAUGAAGUCACUAUAGAAGCUGAUGCCUUUUUGCCGGUAGAUGAAACCCUGAUUCCUACAGGAGAAGUUGCUCCAGUACAAGGAACUGCCUUUGACCUGAGGAAGCCGGUGGAGCUUGGAAAACACCUGCAGGAGUUCCGUACCCACGGCUUUGACCACAAUUUCUGUCUGAAGGGAUCUAAAGACAAGCACUUUUGUGCACGGGUCCAUCAUGCUGGAAGCGGGCGGGUUCUGGAAGUGUACACCACCCAGCCCGGGGUCCAGUUUUACACGGGCAACUUCCUGGAUGGCACGCUGAAGGGCAAGAGUGGAGCGGUCUAUCCCAAGCACUCCGGCUUCUGCCUGGAGACCCAGAGCUGGCCUGAUGCAGUCAAUCAGCCCCACUUCCCUCCUGUGCUGCUGAGGCCUGGUGAGGAGUAUGACCACACCACUUGGUUCAAGUUUUCUGUCGCUUAAGGAAGUGUAAAGACUCCCAGGGCCAGGCUGGGGGCCCUUCAACAGCCUGUCUCCUGUCCAGAGAGAUUUAGAGGCUUUACAAGUGAUCCUGUGAAUCAAAAUCAUAUAAAGGGUAGCUGCACAAUAAUUAGUCUGGAUCUUGAUUUCCUUUCCCAGUGACUGGCUACAGGUUCAGUCUAUGACCAGCUCUGUCCUCUGUGUGGUUUAGGGGAUCCAACCGCCAAGGUUCUCGCCUAAGCCCUGACCCUAACCUGGAAGGGACACCCAGUCCCUUGCUGUGUUGGCCCCAUCUCUCCACCCAUCUGCUUUCUUCUCUCCUUUUUGCCCCUCUUUUCUUUGAUCCUACUCUCAUUCCAUUUCUUUGUCCUCCUCCCCUACCCUAGGCCACCGCGUCCCUGCGCAGCAAUUCAGAGCUCCGACAGACCUCUGAUAAGGUGGUAGAUGAUUGAGGGUGAAGGAGCUGGGGCUUAGGGAGGGCAAAUGACCCUCAUAAAGGCACACAACCAGAAGUUUUAGCCAAGAUGUGACAUCAGGUAUCCACAUUCAAGCCCCCUCUUUGCUUCCAUUUCAGUCUGCCAGAGCAUUCCCAGGAUCGCUGGUGGACACAGGGGGUUCUGACCUUUGUUAGGGCCAGCCUUUCUUCCCAGAUUCAUGCUUAUGGGAAGCAUUAGUCUGAGUCUGAGUUUAGCUGUCUCUAAGGAUAUGACUUAAAGGGCCAGGUCAAAAUAUCCAGGAAGAAACCUGUAAUUUUGAUCUCUGCCUUUGGGGUAGAGAAAGCCCCAGCCCAGGCAAGGGGUGGGAAAGAAAGCAAGCCUCUGGAGACAAGAGCUGUGUUAGUGUGGAAAGAGAGCCUUACCUGAGGACUGACUGUAGAGUGCACCUGGCACAAGACGUUGGUGUUACAUAGUUGAGCCUGGAGCUUCCCCAUUUCCUGAACAAUUGAAUCAUCAGUGAUGGGUUGGGGUUGGUGGUUGGUUUAGAGUUUUAAAGAAAUCUAUCUUCUAUUAUAUGCUAGCAACCAGUUGAAAUAAAACCAGAACUUGCACCUUCGGAAGACUCUCAGGCCCUUCGCUCAUCUUUAAAUCUGUCAGACACGGACCUUUGGGAAAUUGACCAAGUGUUGGGUAUGUUCCGGAUUCCACUGUGCUCCAGUGUAAGCCCCAGCACCUUCCUAGAAGAAAGUCACCUAACUGGCCGCCUCCUGAGCUUCCCAUACUUCCUUAGUAACAAUAAACCAAAAGAAGCAUUUAUUUUCUUAAA